AUGCAAUGGAGCGACGGACCGAAUGCAGGUUUUGCGACAGGCAACGUGACACCUUGGAUGAGAGUGAAUGAUGACUACGCAAAGGUGAACGUAGAGGCACAGAUGGCGUCUACAAGUCAAGAGCUCUCUGUCUGGCAGUACUGGCAGCUAGCCCUACAGAACCGUAAGACCCACAAGGAUGUCUUUGUCUACGGUGACUAUCAGGACGUGGACUUGGAAAAUGGGCAGGUCUAUGCAUACUUCAGGGUGGGGGCUCAGUCGAACGAAAAGUGGCUGGUCGCUAUGAACUGGACGGGAAGUGAUGCUUCCUGGGAAAUGCCUGUGUCGGUUGAAGUCGAAUGGAUGGCUCUUUCUACGCUCUAA